AACGCGAUGUUUCAUCUGGUACAGAAGACGUUCAAAUGAAUAACAAUCAAAUAAGCGAGGUAAUUAAAUGUUCAGGAUCUUUUCAUUAAAAAAUAUUACGAGGUGUAAUAGCUCCCCGGUUCACAGAAAGUGUGUUUUACAUGUAGACCAUGAUGCGCCGUUGUGAAUUAUUCGAAAAGACAGUUGAAACCGCAGCCCAGAAGAAACUGGAGAUUAAUAAAGAAUUUGCAGAGGAUCCUAAAGGAGGCAAAGCCACAAAGAUCGUGGACGUUGCUGGACCAACGACUACUGUUAUUGCUAGCCUUACUUGUGGCAUAACAGCUGCAAUGAGUGUUCCAACUUUAGGGGCAGCAUCGUUCGCUGCAGCGUUGGUUGCUGGUGGUACUCUUGCUGUUAAAUGUGUCGAUAAACACUUUAAACAAGCUAACGCUAAAGUAUUCGAGAAAGUUCUUGAGAGAACAAACAGCAUUUCAUCUUAUUUGAAUUGUAUCGUAAAGGACGUUGCCAAAGAAUUAUCUCGUAUUUUCGAGUCCCAGUUAUUUGAACUGCAAAGUGAUAAGCAAGUUGAAAUUUUAGCGGAGUGUGCAGUCGAUUUGAUGUUAGAUCUAAAAAAAGGCGAUACAUUCGACAGAAACACUUUACUUAAGAAAGUAUUACAAGAUGGCAACAUAAAAAAGAAAAAAAUACUUACAAGAACGAAGGAUAUUGAGUGGUCUGCUCCAAAUGUGUUUCGAAAACCUGGCUUGCGACGAAUGAUUUUUGGAAAGGAUAGCGCGGAAAUUGCGCAUUUUAUUCAACCAAAGAAAGCUUGUAAACCAUGGAAGUAUGGUUAUCGCGGCCAGUUUCUUGAAGCAAAGACAUAUGUUAUUCAAAACGACGAAGAUGAAACAUCUGCCAUGGAUGAAACCCCGCCCACGGAUGAAACCCUGCACACGGACGCAACCCCUACCAUGGAUGAAACCCAUAAUGAAGAUCCUUGCAAGUUUUGUGGAGAAUGUGUUUUUAACUAUGAAAAUUUGACCAGUGGCCAAUACUUUGGUGAGUCUGAUAUUGAUUCUCAAUACACUGAGUCGCGAGAUGAAAUUUCAACCUACCGUCCAAUACACGUUUUAAGUCAAUGUCCAAAGGUUUUGGAAUCUUUCAACCAACUUCAAGAAGAAAAUCCAUCACUGGCCAAUUUUUUGAAGAGUAAGUUGGGCCUUCCUGAGCACUAUCUUGUACAUCCCGUCUAUCGACCACAUUCACCAGGGAAAGUUCCUGACCUCCAAACUUCAGACCUUACUGGAUCAGAUUUCAGUCAUUCCGAUUUCACAAAUUCAACUCUCAAGAACUGCGAUUUCACCAAGUGUGUCAUGCUGUUUACAGAUCUAGCCGGGGCAACGUUAUCCGAUUCAAAAUUUGUUGACACCUUUAUCAGUCACAGUAACUUGGAAAAAGUCUAUGCUGAUCACUGCGAGUGGACGAAGACGUCGCUCCUUCACUCGAAUCUUAAUGGUGCAUACCUGAACUCUGUAGAGCCCAGUAUCGGUGGGAAUUGUUUUGAUGGGACCGAUAUUUCCCACGCCAUCACUGGAAAGAGAAGGAAAUCGAACUGGAGCGAAAGUAAGUAUAAACAAAAAGAUGUUCCAAACAUUGCAAUUGACGUAAUAUUUUGAAACCAAGAACUAAAACCCGAAUUCCAGUCCGAACAGUUUGUUUCAGCAAAUUGCGAGGACUUGAAAUCUGUUCCGGCCCGAAUUUAAGGUUUUAAAAUGAUAUCUCAUUCUCCUUUAUCAUUACUAAACUUUCCACUUACCAUUGAAUGCACGUAUUAGUACAAUGUCCAAAGAUUUUGAAUUCUUUCAUUGGUAAUCGCAAAAAUACCUCAUUAGUCAAUAUUUUAAAGAAAAAGUUACCCCUUCCUGAGCAUGAUCUUGCACACCCCGUAUAUCGACAAAAUUGCCAGUGGAGUUCCUGAUCUCCAAACGUCAGACCUUACCUAUGCUGGGUCAGAUUUCAGCCAUUCUCAUUCAAAUAUCAGGCGUAAUUCUCUCCUCGAGGGGAACGCGAUUUCACCAAGGGUGUCAUAUUGUUUGCAGAACAACCUCGGGCAAAGGCCUCUCGUCUAGAUAUAUCGAAUGUGGAUGGCGCAUACCUGGACCAUAGAGAGGGCACGACAAGUGGGAAUUUUUUCGAUGAGACAAAUAGUUUCAACGCUAUGUCUGGACAAAUGGGGAAAUUGAACUGCAGCGAAAGUAAGUAUAAAUAAAAAGAGGUUUUAAACAUUGACGUAAUAUUUUUAAUCCAGAAAUGAGAACCGAAAUUCUAUUCCGAAAAGUUUCUUUCAGCACACUGUGAGGACUUCAAUAUAUAUAUAUAUAUAUAUAUAUAUAUAUAUAUAUAUAUAUAUAUAUAUAUAUAUAUAUAUAUAUAUAUAUAUAUAUAUAUAUAUAUAUACAUAUAUAUAUAUAUAUAUAUAUAUAUAUACGAUUAGCAAACCUCUAAACCUCAAGUUAUUGUGUAAGAAUCACUGUUGUUACAUGUGUCUUUACUGAUGUGGAGAAUUUUUCAGUACUGACUCGAAAUAGUAUAAUACUAUCUUAAGAUGAAAACUUGUGGAAAAUAUAGAGACAAAACUACUGUUAUCACUGAUAAACAAUAGCAUUCUCACUAUUCUGUCUUUUUCUUUUGACUAAUGCAUGCAUCUAAUUUCUGGUUAUCUGUUGAUUUUUAACAGCGACAGUUUAGAAGAACAACUGGUAAAGAUGCCAUCACAUAAAAUUGAUUGGAAAAGAAUCCAGGAUUAGUUUCUGGUUAAGGUACAGUGUGUUUAGAGACAAGUAAGAAAGAUGUGUAUUAUGUAUAUUUUUUGUAUAUAUGGACCAUUUGUGGAAUUACUGGAACGUAGCAUUACACGCAUAGCCUCGACACAGAAUAGUGACCUUACAGAAGGUCUACUUCUUAGUUUGGCCUAUGAUUUUAGCGUAACCGUUGCGCAAAAUGCUGUCGUCAUGUUCCUAGCCAUGCAGUGCGCUUAUGACUAGGCAUUCACUCCCCUGAAAAUAUUCAAAAUGGCGGACGUUCAGGGAGGUGAACGCCUCUCGUUACCGCACUGGCUAGGAACAUGGCGAGUGCAUUUUGAUGGUGUAGAGGUGUAUACGCUUUUUUUGGCUGAGUCGGCCUUCUGUAAGGUGUCUGCCUAAUCUGUGGCCUCGACUAUAUUCUUUGAUUUCUUUUGGGUGUUAUUCAGUCUUGCGAAAUUUUGUCUGUUUUCGAGGCUAUGUGUGUAUAAUGCCAUGCUCCAGUAAUUCUGCAAAUGGUCUAUACCAAGUGUCAAUGUUCGUUUUUCCUGCAAGCCUCUAAAUGAACCGAAAGCCCACGCGUGGCGAUGUAAAAACGGCGAUGAAUCAGAAUUUUUCCAAUGCUAAUGGGAAACACAUUUCCCGUGUCAACUGAAAAUAUUACGCCAAAAUUUUACGGAGAAACCAUUUCAUUUAUUUUUCCGUGGGGAAAAUAACAAAACCGAAAGUGAAGAUUUGUUUUGAUCGUAAUUUUAAGAUUUAAAGCUAUAUGUAACUCGAUGUUGUCAUUUGACACUUGAAAUAAAACAAACAUCUAUGUACUGAAACUUCGGUAAAAUAGCGUUUUGUUACCCCCUUGACCGAUCAUCGGUCUCUCGGUCACAAAACCACGCUAUUUCGCUCAGCCUCAGUAAGUACAUAUAAAUUAUAAGUAAUGAAUGAAUUGAUAUGAAUUAAAUAAUGAUUUAAUUUUUGAAAAAUUGCAUGUUAGAAAAAAUUUAGCACGUAAGGGACUGGUCAUAAUUGAUCAGGGGGGUGGGGAGAUGUAAUUCAAAAUUUCAAGGAAUGAUAUUUUGUGACCCUGCUUUGCCAUAACCCGGAAAAAUAAUGCCCCCUUCCCCCUCUCUUACUCGUGUCAGUA